AUGGGAAGAAAGAACGAUUCAAAAAUGUGUCUUUUUACUAACCAGAAUAUAUCUUGGAACAGUGAAAACUAUACAUGCGAAAUGUUUGAUAUUUUAAAUGAAUAUAAUAAAGAUUCCCUAAUAAAAACUUUAGAGAAUGCAAAACAUUAUAUAGAAGGAAUAUUCAAGGUCAGACCAAUCGAAAAUUAUAAUUUCUCUCUCAUCGGAUAUGAUUCGGUUUUUGAUGAUCCACCUGAAUCUUAUUCAAGUAACUGCGACUUGCAUAUAACUGUUGUAUCAAGGCCAUUCGAGUCAUAUUCAACCGUUGCAAUGGCUGCAAUUUUGCAAAGAAAUAAUAAAGAUUUUCGUCCAAUCCAAGGCGCAUUGAUUAUCAAUCCAAGAAUGGUACCUUCCAUUCCUCAAAAUGAAAGUUCAACUGAAAAUUAUUUCUUCAAAUCUUUAAUCCAUGAAAUAUUUCAUAUUUUCGGCUUUUCUGCAUCAAAUUACAAGUAUUUUCAUUCACUUAAUGAUUUUGAUCCAUAUUCUAAUGUGUUUUGUAAUUUAACAAGCAAAGGAAAAAAUUUUACAUUUCUAAUUACUCCUUAUGCGCAUAAAUAUGCCAAAAAACAUUUCAAAACAAACUAUUUUAUGGGUGAUAAUAACACAAGAUGCUUAUCAGGCAUUGAAUUGGAAGAUGGUGGAAAAUCUGGCACCGCAAUGAGCCAUUUAGAGAUGAGAACAUAUCUGACAGAUAUAAUGGCUCCUCAUAUAUCAUACCUGGAAGGCGAAUUCAAUGUCUUCUCUGAUGCUUCUAUGGCAGUUUUACUCGAUACAGGAAAUUACAAAAUUGAUUUCAAAAAAGUUAAACCAAUGCUUUGGGGAAACAUAGAUCUGCAUAAGAAUGAAGUAUUCAAUGCAUCUAGUUUUGCAAUUGGUCCUCCACAGUUAGUAUUCCCAGACUUAUACCUUGCUUCUUCCCAAAACGAUAAAAUUGGAUUUGAUUACACAUUUUAUUCAAGAGAUUUGAGUAUCGACGAAAGUGAACUUGAUGAAGAGUCCAAAGAGAAAUAUAUUAAAGGAAAAAAUUUCUAUAACCCAAAGAAUUUUAAAAAUAUUGGAUCAAAUGAUGUAAUUGAUUUCUCAAAUAUUAAAUCACCAUCAUUUAUAUGCAACCAUGGCUUAGCAGCAAUAAAUGGUAUCGAAAAUUGCGUUUUAUAUGAGAUUAUUAAUAAUUCAAAAAUUCGAUUUUCUUGGGAUAACUAUAGUUUAGUUUGUAAUGAAUCAAUGUCAAACACAAUACACAAGAUAGGCAAUUAUGAAAUAGUUUGUCCUGUUUUUGAAAGAUUUAUAAGAGCAAAAGCCCUUCAUAACUCAUUCUUUAGUUCAGAUCCGUUUGAUGGUGAUGAUUUCAAAUACUCAGAUCCAUACUUUGCUAAUAAUGAUCAAAAAACUGUAUUUAAUUCAAAAGAAAAAUUAAUUAUUUUAGGGAUAGUUUUAUCCAUCGUUUUUAUUUGCUUUAUAGUUUCUGUGAUCUUAAUUUUUAUUUUUUACCAGAUUAAUAUGCAUAAUAAGAGAGUUCCUCAAAGAAACAACGUCGAAUCAGAUAAUAGUUUUGUUAAUUUAUAA